AUGAAGAGUUCAAUAUUUUCAAGACCUUCUUCUCCCUUAACUUCUCCCAGCUCUAUUUCUCCUCCUUUGACACCUCGUCGUACAUACUCCGAAACAACAAUGGAGGAAAACAUUGAUUAUGCCGCAGUUAUUAUCACUAAAUGGGAUUUGGAUGGCCCAACAUACAGAAAAAUGUCCACUCUCUUUGGGGAUGAUAGAAAGGAGGCUAAAAGAUUUAUUGAAGGGGUGACUGGCUUGAGAAACGCCAUGCACUACUACUUAAAGAUAAAUUCCAGUUCUGAAAAACUCAUCAGAGCGCAAAGAUUGAUGCAAGUUGCAAUGAAGAGAUUGGAAAAGGAGUUUUAUUAUAUUUUGUCUUCGAACAGAAAUGUUCUUGACGCUGAGUCUGUCUCGAGAGGUUCGAACAGGUCCAGUCUUUCAGAUUUCUUGGAAGAUGAAGUUCGAGGUGAUGAAAUUAUUGAAGAUGGGAAUUCUGCAUCUGACGCUGAUAAAGCUUCUUUAAUGGCUAUGGCGGAUUUGAAGAGCAUAGCGGAUUGUAUGAUUGGAUCUGGGUAUGGAAAAGAAUGCGUUAGAAUUUACGAUUUAAGCAGAAAAUCGAUAAUUGAUGAGAGUUUGUACAAUUUGGGAGUUGAAAAGAUAAACCCUUCUCAAAUUCAGAAAAUGGAUUGGAAUGCUCUUGAAGCGAAAAUCAAAAUCUGGUUACACGCUGUCAAAAUUGCUGUGAAAAAUCUGUUUUACGGGGAGAGAAUUCUCUGUGAUUCAGUCUUUUCUUCCUCCGAAAAAAUCGCAGAAUCGUGCUUUACAGAAAUCUCGAGGGAUGCAGCAAUAAAUUUAUUUGGUUUCCCAGAAAAUUUUGCGAAAUCCAAGAAAGUAUUAUCGCCAGAGAAAAUGUUCCGCGCACUUGAUCUCUACGAAGCAAUCUCAGAUCUUUGGCAGGAAAUUGAAAUGAUUUUCUCUUACGAUUCGUUGUCUGCAGUGAAGUGUCAGGCGGUGUCUUCACUUCUGAAACUCGGUGAGGCAAUACGAGUUAUGCUCACCCAGUUAGAAUUAGCCAUUCAGAAGGACUCCUCCAAAUCGCCUUCAACCGGCGGCGUUCACCCCUUAACUCGUUACGUGAUGAAUUAUUUGGUCUUUCUCGGAGAUUAUAGCGGCUUGGUGUCGGACAUAAUGGCGGACUGGCCGUUGAACACUCAAACUCCACUACCGGAAUCUUAUUUCUCGAGCCCCAUUCCCGGUAGCGUCGCCAUGCAAGACCCUUCGUCCGCCAUCACCGUCCGCCUAGCGUGGCUGAUUUUAGUCCUGUUGUGCAAGCUCGACGGAAAGGCCACGUUGUACAAUGACGUGGCACUAUCUUAUCUAUUUUUGGCGAACAACUUAAAUUACGUUGUUUCCAAGGUCCAAAACUCGAAUUUGGCGUUCCUGUUGGGAUCCGAAUGGAUUUCGAAUCAAGAGUCAAAGGUCAAACAAUAUACCGGUAACUACGAAAGGAUGGGUUGGAUUAAAGUGCUGAUGUCGCUUCCCGAAAAUCCAACGGCUGAGUUUUCUCUACAGGAAGUGAAGGAAAUUUUCUCUCUAUUUAAUUUGGGUUUCGAUGGAACAUACAAGAAACAAAGCCGGUGGGUCAUACCUGACCGGAAGCUCAGAGAAGAAAUCAAAAUUUCUUUAGCUAAAAAAAUAAUUCCGAGCUAUCGGGUCUUCUACGAGAAGCACCGGGGAAAAAUUCGGAGGGACUUCGGGGUGGAGUCAAUUGUCAGAUAUGCCCCUGAAGAUUUAAAUAAUUAUUUGUCGGACUUGUUUUUUGGGAUUGAGGUUUCAGGGAGUACCAAAACUUGUUCGUCAUAUGAGACAUCAUCGGAAUCGUCUCUGUCGUCCCGUGGCCGUUGA